GAAAAAAAAAAAAAAAAAACGCGAGCUCGCUGAGUCGCCCUUUGUUUCUAGCUAGCUUGCUAGUCAGAAAAACGACGGGAAGACACCGGCGAAACGAUAAUUUACUGUCGGACACUAAUUUGCCGGCUUCUUCGUGAACGAGAUCAGCCACCUCCAUGUCAACCCCGGACCCCCCUAUCGGAGGGCCCCCACGCCCCGGCCCUUCCCCGGGCCCCGGCCCCUCCCCCGGGGCCAUGAUGGGCCCAAGCCCUGGCCCCUCUCCUGGCUCCACCCACAGCAUGAUGGGGCCCAGCCCGGGGCCCCCCUCCUCAGGACACCCGCUCCCCCCACAGGGCCCCUCAGGGUACCCCCCGGAAAACAUGCACCCCAUGCACAAACCCAUGGAGGGUAUGCAUGAGAAGGGCAUGGCGGAGGACCCCCGCUACGCUCAGAUGAAGGGGGUGGGCAUGCGGCCAGGGGGGCUCAGCGGCAUGGGACCCCCGCCCAGCCCCAUGGACCAACAUUCCCAAGGUUACCCCUCUCCUUUGGGGGGUUCGGACCACGCUCCCAGCCCCGUCCCCGCUAACGGCCCCCCCUCUGCUCCCAUGAUGCCCUCUGCCCCUGGCGGGAUGCCCAUGGACGGGGGCGCCGGCGGCGGGGGUGGCGGCGGGGGCGACCCCCAGGCCAUGGGCCAACAGAACCGGGGCGGGGCCCCCGGCGGGGUGCAGGGGGGCCCUGGAGGGCCCACGCCCUUCAACCAGAACCAGCUGCACCAGCUGCGGGCCCAGAUCAUGGCGUAUAAGAUGCUGGCGCGUGGGCAGCCGCUCCCGGACCACCUGCAGAUGGCCGUGCAGGGCAAGCGGCCCAUGCCGGGCAUGCAGCAGCCCAUGACCAACAUGCCCCCCGCCCCGGGGCCUGGUGCCGGCCCCACUCCCGCCAACUACAGCCGCCUGCACGGAGCAGUGGGCCCCAACAUGCCUCCCCCGGGGCCCUCUGGGGUGCCUCCGGGAAUGCAGGGGCCGCCCCCCAACGGACCUCCUAAAACCUGGCCAGAAGGGCCGAUGGUGAAUGCAGCCGCCCCCUCCAGCGCCCCUCAGAAGCUCAUCCCUCCACAGCCGUCGGGCCGACCCUCCCCCGCCCCGCCCUCCGUACCCCCGGCUGCCUCCCCCGUCAUGCCCCCCCAGACCCAGUCGCCCGGGCAACCCUCACAGCCCCCGCCCAUGGUGCUGCACCAGAAGCAGAACCGCGUCACGCCCGUGCAGAAGCCCCGGGGCCUGGACCCUGUGGAGAUCCUGCAGGAGCGCGAGUUCAGAUUGCAGGCACGCAUCGCUCACCGCAUACAGGACCUGGAGAACCUUCCGGGCUCCCUGGCUGGAGACCUGAGGACCAAAGCCAACAUUGAGCUGAAAGCCCUCAGACUGCUCAACUUCCAGAGACAGCUGCGUCAGGAGGUGGUGGUGUGCAUGCGCAGAGACACGGCCCUGGAGACGGCGCUCAACGGCAAGGCCUACAAGCGCAGCAAGAGGCAGUCUCUACGCGAGGCGCGCAUCACCGAGAAGCUGGAGAAGCAGCAGAAGAUCGAGCAGGAGCGCAAACGCCGGCAGAAACACCAGGAGUACCUGAACAGCAUCCUACAGCAUGCUAAGGACUUUAAGGAGUUCCACCGCUCCAUCACCGGGAAGAUGCAGAAGCUGACCAAGGCCGUGGCCACGUACCACGCCAACACUGAGCGCGAGCAGAAGAAGGAGAAUGAGCGAAUCGAGAAGGAGAGGAUGAGGAGGCUGAUGGCUGAGGAUGAGGAGGGCUACAGGAAGCUGAUUGAUCAGAAGAAGGACAAGCGCCUGGCCUACCUGCUGCAGCAGACAGACGAGUACGUGGCCAACCUGACGGAGCUGGUGCGCGCUCACAAGGCCGUCCAGGCCCUCAAGGAGAAGAAGAAGAAGAAGAAAAAGAAGAAGCCGGAAAAUGCAGAAGGGAUGAUCUCCGGCCUGGGGCCUGAUGGAGAGCCCCUGGACGAGACCAGCCAGAUGAGUGACCUCCCGGUGAAGGUCAUCCACAUCGACAGCGGCAAGAUCCUGACGGGCAUGGAUGCGCCCAGGGCGGGGCAGCUGGAGGCCUGGCUGGAGGUGAACCCAGGGUACGAAGUGGCCCCCAGGUCCGACAGCGAAGACAGUGGAUCUGAGGAGGAGGAGGACGAGGAGGAGGAGCCCCAGUCUUCCCAGGCUCUUGUGGAGGAGAAGAAGAAGAUUCCAGACCCGGACAACGAGGACGUGUCCGAGGUGGACGUGCUUCACAUCAUCGAACAUGCCAAGCAGGACGUGGACGACGAGUACGGCAGUGCGGCCUUCGCCCGGGGGCUGCAGUCGUACUACGCCGUGGCCCACGCUGUCACCGAGAGGGUGGACAAGCAGUCCUCUCUGCUGAUCAACGGGCAGCUCAAACAGUACCAGAUUAAGGGUUUGGAGUGGCUGGUGUCUCUGUACAAUAAUAACCUGAACGGGAUCCUGGCUGAUGAGAUGGGUUUGGGGAAGACUAUCCAGACCAUCGCCCUCAUCACUUACCUCAUGGAGAACAAGCGCAUCAACGGGCCCUUCCUCAUCAUCGUGCCCCUCUCAACGCUCUCCAAUUGGGUGUACGAGUUUGACAAGUGGGCACCAUCUGUGGUGAAAGUGUCUUACAAGGGAUCUCCUGCUGCUAGACGAGCCUUUGUGCCUCAGCUGCGCAAUGGGAAAUUCAACGUGCUGCUGACCACCUACGAGUACAUCAUCAAGGACAAGCAAAUAUUGGCCAAGAUCCGUUGGAAGUACAUGAUUGUGGACGAGGGCCAUCGAAUGAAGAACCACCACUGCAGGCUGACGCAGGUGCUGAACACACACUACCUGGCCCCGCGGCGUGUGCUCCUGACCGGGACCCCCCUGCAGAACAAGCUGCCCGAGCUCUGGGCCCUGCUCAACUUCCUGCUGCCCACCAUCUUCAAGAGCUGCAGCACCUUCGAGCAGUGGUUCAACGCCCCCUUCGCCAUGACCGGGGAGAAGGUGGAUCUGAAUGAAGAGGAGACAAUCCUGAUUAUCAGGCGUCUGCACAAGGUUCUCAGGCCCUUCCUCCUCCGCCGGCUAAAGAAGGAGGUGGAGGCUCAGCUGCCUGAGAAGGUGGAGUACGUCAUCAAGUGUGACAUGUCCGCCCUGCAGAGGGUCCUGUACCGGCACAUGCAGGCCAAGGGGGUCCUGCUCACUGACGGCUCCGAGAAGGACAAGAAGGGUAAGGGAGGCACCAAGACCCUGAUGAACACAAUCAUGCAGCUCAGGAAGAUUUGCAACCACCCCUACAUGUUCCAGCAAAUCGAGGAAUCCUUCUCUGAGCACUUGGGAUUUACUGGCGGGAUCGUUCAAGGGGGUGACCUGUAUCGUGCUUCUGGGAAGUUUGAGCUGCUGGACCGGAUCCUGCCCAAACUGAGGGCCACAAACCACAAGGUGCUGCUCUUCUGCCAGAUGACCUCACUCAUGACCAUCAUGGAGGACUACUUCGCCUUCCGAAACUUCAAGUACCUGCGUCUGGAUGGUACCACGAAAGCUGAGGACCGAGGCAUGCUGCUGAAGACCUUCAACGACCCCGCGUCUCAGUACUUCGUCUUCCUCCUCAGCACCCGAGCAGGGGGGCUGGGCCUCAACCUGCAGUCAGCCGACACCGUAGUCAUCUUCGACAGCGACUGGAACCCCCACCAGGACCUGCAGGCCCAAGACAGGGCCCACCGGAUCGGACAGACGAACGAGGUGCGCGUGCUGCGCCUCUGCACCGUCAACAGCGUGGAGGAGAAGAUCCUGGCAGCCGCCAAGUACAAGCUGAACGUGGACCAGAAGGUCAUCCAGGCCGGCAUGUUCGACCAGAAGUCCUCCAGCCACGAGCGGAGGGCCUUCCUGCAGGCCAUCCUGGAGCACGAGGAGCAGGACGAGGAGGAGGACGAGGUGCCGGAUGACGAGACGGUGAACCAGAUGAUCGCCAGAAGUGAGGAGGAGUUUGACCACUUCAUGCGCAUGGACCUCGACCGGCGCAGGGAGGAGGCGCGGAACCCCAAGCGCCGGCCGCGGCUGAUGGAGGAGGACGAGCUGCCCACCUGGAUCAUGAAGGACGACGCCGAGGUGGAGCGCCUCACCUGCGAGGAGGAGGAGGAGAAAAUGUUUGGCCGCGGCUCCCGCCAGCGCAAGGAGGUGGACUACAGCGACUCGCUCACCGAGAAGCAGUGGCUCAAGGCGAUAGAGGAGGGCACGCUGGAGGAGAUCGAGGAGGAAGUGCGGCACAAGAAGACGACGCGCAAACGCAAGCGGGACCGCGACCUGGACCUGCCCGGCCCAGCCCCGGCCAGCGCCUCCACGCCGCGCCCGCGCGAGAAGGACGAGGAGACCAAGAAGCAGAAGAAGCGCGGCCGCCCCCCCGCCGAGAAGCUUUCGCCCAACCCCCCGGCCCUCACCAAGAAGAUGAGGAAGAUCGUCGACGCCGUCGUCAAGUACAAAGACGGCAGCAAUGGCCGCCAGCUGAGUGAGGUCUUCAUCCAGCUGCCGUCCCGCAAGGAGCUGCCCGAGUACUACGAGCUCAUCAGGAAGCCCGUCGACUUCCGGAAGAUCAAGGAGCGGAUCCGCAGCCACAAGUACCGCAGUCUGAAUGACCUGGAGAAGGACGUGAUGCUGCUGUGCCAGAACGCGCAGACCUUCAACCUGGAGGGCUCUCUGAUCUACGAGGACUCCAUCGUGCUGCAGUCGGUCUUCACCAGCGUGCGGCAGAAGAUCGAGAAGGAGGAGGACAGUGAGGGUGACGACAGUGAGGAAGAGGAAGAGGAGGCAGACGAAGGUUCCGAGUCCGAGUCCCGCUCGGUGAAGGUGAAGAUCAAGCUGGGGCGGAAGGAGAAGGGGCUGGAGCGGGCGAAGGGGCGCCGCAGGAUGGGCCGCGGCUCCAGAGCCAAACCCGUGGUGAGCGACGACGACAGCGAGGAGGAGCAGGAGGAGGAGCGUUCGGCCAGCGGCAGCGAAGAGGACUGAACCACGACCAAAAAGGACCAACCCCCCCUCCCCUGCCCCUAGCCCCGAUGAGUGCCUGCCACCUGGGUCUUAUAUUUGAUGUGGCAGAAUCGGCAGCAGGGGAUGGGCGUGCGCAAGCGUAGGGGAAGACAAGGAAACUGGGUAGCUGUACUUUUUAGAUGACCUGAUCUUUUUUAGUGCACAGUGUAUCAAAUGAUUAAUGACAUUUAAAAAAAAACUUUGAAAAAAAACACACAAAAAAAAACACACACAAAACCGAAGUGAACGACUUCCACUUUACAUAUUUAAGCAGAUUUCCUUGGUAAUUUGUCCAGCAGUUUGCCUUUUUUUUCCCUGAAGAUGAAGCAUGAAAGAGCUUUGCAGUUGAUCUGAGGACCACAGAGAAAUUUACUUGACUUUUUAAAAAAACUGAAUUUGUUUUGUCUCGAGUGUAUGAGGAGUUGCUAUUUGUUUUGCUUAGUUUUGUUUUGUUUUGUUUUUCCCCCAGACCUGUGAAUGCGUGUUUAUGUCUGUAGAAAGUAACUUCUCUUUCUCUGUUCAGUUGCCCUUUGUAUGUUUUAAUUUAAGGAAGCGAAUGGGGUCACGGUACGGCUCUCUUGCCCCCUCCCACCCCCCCUCACAUGCUUCUGAUUUGAGGGGGGAGGGAACAGGGGGGUGGGAUGGGAAUUAGUUUCGUGUCAGUGUCACUGGAUUGCAAAACUACAAUAAAGUCAUCUCACAAAAUAA